AUGGAUGAAGCUCACAAUGUACAGUACCAACAGUUUCUUGGGGAUUCAGCUCAUGGGCCUACUGAACCACUGGACUGUAGUUCACCUGUUGAAUUCUUUGAACAAGUGUGGCCUGAUGCGCUGAUUCAUGGAAUCGUGGAAGAGACAAACCGAUAUGCCGGUCAGCAAGGAAGAAUGCAUUGGCAUGACACUACAUUUGAGGAGAUAAAGGCCUUCCAAGGGGUCUUAGUCCUCAUGGGAAUUCAUAUUGUGCCCGCUUUCAAAGACUAUUUCUCUUCUGAUGAACUUUUGUCAGUUCCGGCAGUCACCAAGGUCUUCCCCAAAAAUAGAUUCUUCGAGUUGAGGGGUAACCUACAUCUGGCUGAUAAUGAAACAGCAGUACCUAGAGAUGACCCUAACUAUGACAAACUGUACAAACUGAGGCCUCUCCUCAACACUCUGCAGACAACAUUCAGGCAGUACUUCGAACCUGGUCAAAACUGUGCAGUCGAUGAACACAUGGUGAAGGGGAAAGGCAGGUACCCAUGCAAGCAAUACAUGCCUGCAAAGCCUAUCAAGCGAGGCACAAAGAUUUGGGAACUAGGCUGUUCUUGCUGUGCAUACAUCUAUGCAUUUCAAAUUUACACUGGAGCAGAGGGAAACCGAGAACAUGGGCUAAGUCAUCGUGUGGUAAUGGAUCUUGCUCGCACUUUGAACCCCAUGCAGAAUCAUGUCAUCUACAUAGAUAAUUUCUUUUCAUCUUUCCCACUUCUCAAAAAUCUGAAUGCCAUUGGUAUCUUUGGGUGUGGUACACCACCCCAUUCUGCUGUUAAACGUUAUACACUAGUAAGAUGUUAG